AUGUCGGCGCCCUCCAGCGAUGGUCGACAUUCAGUAUCCUCUGAGCCCUCGGCCGCAUCGUCGCAUACCCUCAACUCGAGACAUUCGGGCGCGUUCGUGGACAAUGUGCAAGGGAGCGCAUCGCAGCGGCCCAGCCCCGCGCGCUCAAGGCAUAAUAGCGGCGCAGAAAACGGAGCACUAAACACGGGCAGUUCUCUGUCGAUUGAGGCCACAGAAGAGCAGGACUUUGCGCACCGCAGGCAACGCAACAGAAGGUCCGCCGGCUUUUUGCUGGACUCGAGCUUCGCCGGCGGCCCACGAAGCAGACAACCCUACAACAGCCCACACACCGAGGACAAGAAAGGAAAACGGAGCUCCUUCCAUAGCCAUGGAUCUGUCAAGAAUGGGCGAGAAGCACGCCUAGAGCUAGGAAGCGGCGCGUCGACCCGCUCGCCCUUGUCGCGGGAGGUGAGAAUAACAGAUCAGGAUGGCGCAGAUCGGAAUUUGCGAGAUGACUCUGCCAACGUGCAAGAGGAUGGCAGGGCGCCACGGCCUGCAUUCGACCCGAAUCAGAUCGUACAUAUGGCGUUGAACUUGAGCGAAAGCCGGAAGAGGAACCUCAGCGCCGGUCAGCUCCUAGUCCCUCCGCCUCAGGUUUCCUCCGGAGCACCGCAGGAUGGGAGCUUUCGCAGUUGCGGUGCUGGUAGCAGCCUGAGGCAGUACCUCAAUGAGCAACGCAGGGCUUCGCGGAAUAUUUCUCCGGUUGGCGGUAGGAGUUCUCCUUCUGGAAUGCGCUAUAUGUCCAGCUCCGUGCAGCGAAGUGGGUCGCUAUUCAUCCAGGGUCGCCCUUUCGACCCCUCAGAUGCUACCCUAGCCCGCCGAGACAAAGCGCGCGCCUUCUUCGAGCUACGCAUGGAGUAUUUGAGGCUCCUCGACUUCCUACCGCCUCUGAAACCCGACUCCAGUGCACCGGGAAACUUUACUGUUACUGCAAACAACAUGCCAGGAAGCCCCCAUGCCCAACUCACUCGCAUACCGUCGUACGCAGGAAAACAAUAUGAGCUCGGUCGGCCAUAUAACCCGCUGCAAUUUCUACGGAAUCGGAGAACUAGAGCUCGCGAAAGGAAAACGCUGGACCAUCCACCAGAGGAGUUCACAGAUGUCAAUCUAGUACGUGAUUGGGUUGAUAGGGUAGAAAGGGCAGCUACAUAUCCUGAUUAUCGCCAGCAGGAUGGCGUGUCACUGCCCGAGCUUCACGGAAACCAUGGAACACAAUCUGCGCCUACUAAGUCCUCAAGGCCUCACAUGGUAUGGAUGUUCACUGCCGAAGAGCUGCUCGCAGAUGCACACUGGCUCGAGAUCGGUGACAACAAGACCGUGAUAGAAGAUCGGCAUGGCCGCAAGGUCUUUCCGCCGAAAGAGCCACAGAAGCAGGACUUCCUUCAGCCUCGAGCAAGCAAAGAGUAUCCAGAGAAGCGUCGAAAGAGCUGGGCGGAUGGGUUGCCCGGAGUCGCUGCAGACCCUGCGACCGGUGACGAAAGCGACGGGGCAAGCGAACGUGGCCGCAAACGAAGACUACUCCCAACUUUCCGCGCAGAAAGCCCAAGGCAGAAGAAGCACGUCCGCGGCAGCUCGAGUCAGCAAUCUCGUAGCUAUUCUAAUUCUUCUGACUCCGACUCUGAUGCGCAACAACAACGUUCACGAAAACCUCGCAGAGUCAUAGACGUCAACAACAACACUGGUCCACUGGAACUCAGGAUGAGGGAAUUGAUGGAAGAAGAAGCUAAAGAGGCGCAGACAAAAUCUAAAUCCCCCGCUAUAUUUACACCUGACACGCCUGACAAGUGGGGUAGAGUUCAGGAAGGUGCGCCAGAUAAUUACGCUCCCAGAAGCUCUCUGGAGGUUCCGGGAUCCGCCAAUGGUUCUACCAAUGCGAAUGCCAGUUUCGGUCUCAAACUGCCCCCGAAGAAUCGCACUGAUCCCGCCCUUUCCAUUGACCCUUCGAAAGAGCCUAGAUGUUCGUUUGACGACCUUGACAGCACCGCACCGAGUACGCCGGUUCACCCCAGACCCUUUCCUCAUAUUGGAACCGAUCUUUCGCCACCUCCCAGCCGGGAUGGCUCGGUGACGAGAAAGCCGAGAAAGGGUAGAUUGGAUAUUUUCCGCUCAGACGACAGUACCAAAGGCGCUAAGCAUGAGCACAAAGCCGACUUCGACUCUACUAGUUCAGACAAGAAACUGAGUUCUAGACAGGCGAGCGAGGAUACUGAGGAAGGUAAUGGCUUUGGGUCGACGAUUUGGGCAGCACCAGGCGCAGUCAAGAAUCUCCUAGGGCAUCGCAAGAAUGAUAGUGUCAGUAGCUUGCAGAGCCCGGAGAAAGAGCCCAAGAAGGAGGCAAAGGAGCCGAAAGAGCCCCCUUCUGCGGUGACAAGAUUCUUCAAAGGCGUUAAGAGCGAAGGGUCGAAAGUAGGCGAAUUCAUUUUCAGAAGAGACCGGCCGCCGGAGGACUCAGAAACAGACACAGCUUCAGAUCGUAAUAUUGCUAUUGCUAGCGACUCCGAUAGCGAUGGAGGCUUCGGAGUGCGAGAGGGUAGACACCGGCCUGACCUUGCUCGCAGCACAACAGCACAAACUGCUGGUAGCGUCACGUCGAAGAGGAAUGGACAUUACCAUCUUGAGCUCCCAUCCUUCCGUUCGUCUACUUUAACGCAGAAUCCGGAAGACCCCGCAUAUGCCACGGACUCGUACGUUCCGGAUCAUCCUAUUACACGCCAAGCUAGGGAUCGAGCCAACAGUCGCUCUCCCCGGUUUGACAGGCUAGCACCUCCGCGGAUGGAUUUGCAUGGAAUAUCAGCGAGUUCACCUUCAUCACCUUCUCGCAGUCAGGAGCGAAUCAGCAAGAUACUGGCUCGUCCCGGAGGCGUCGGACAUGGGGGCCUACCCCAUACUGCUCUGGCCGACGCUCAAGCGUCUGACACUAAUCGGCAACGUAGCAGCUCACGGCCCACACUCGAGGGCAAGCGCCACUGGAGUAUUACGGACGAGGACGAAAAGAUUCUCCAUCGCAAGGUUACUCCUACCAUUAUCGCUCAAGCCGAUGUCGCUCGUGUCCGCGCACUGUUCCUCUGCUCAGGCAUCAAGGCGAAGGAAAUCGCUCGCAGAGCUCAUGCCGUGCGCCCACGCUCCCAACCAGCGCCCUUUCUCGUUCGCGCUGCGAAGACGGCGAAUGCAGAACUCAUUCCAGUCUCCAAGAAGGAAGAACACGUACUUGCAGCGCGCAUCCUUGUUCGGUUUCUCGAGUCAUCCACCCAGGCUCUUCAAGCCUCUGCCGAAGAAUUCCGCGAUUCCACCGUAAAGGAGCUAGCAUCGAUGAUCACUACACUCAAGUCGAGAGUGGAGUCGGACCUCUUCCCGCGUGUGCGCAAUAGCGCCGAUGAAGCCGUAAAAAUCACGAGCGAGGUUUCAAGCAACGCGCCUCUAUCCGUCAAACAAAUCAGCGACGAGGUAGACAGAAUGCUCCGCAUGAGGCGGCGACGUAUGAGGUGGAGCGUAUUGAGUUCUGGUGGUGGAGGCUGGGUGGGAAACGGGAGUUUUGGUGCCUGGGCUAACAAGCCGAAGCCUCGCGGCUCUGCUAACAAUCUAUCUGCCGUUCUGUCAGCCUUCGUCCCAACAUGGCUUACAGCAUGCUUGUUCGUAGGCAUAUUCGUAGCUAUCAGACACCGAUUUCCCAAGAUCUAUUCGCCUAGAACCUACAUUGGCACAAUACCAGAAAAGGAUCGCACACCGUCUGCGACUCGCUCAUAUUUCGACUGGGCUCACACCUUGAGAGUUGUUCCCGACAAGUUUACCCUUUAUCAUGAGUCCUUGGACUCCUACUUAUAUCUGCGCUUCUUGCGGACGCUCAUCUUCAUCUGCGUAGUCGGAUGUUGCAUCACAUGGCCGAUACUUAUGCCCAUCAAUGCCACCGGAGGGGGAAACAGCUCGCAAUUGGACAAGAUAUCGAUUGGAAACGUUGAGGAGAAGAGAUUCCUCUAUGCUCAUGCUGUCGUAGCGUGGGUAUUUUUCGGACUCGUAAUGUUUACUGUCGCCCGGGAGCGACUCUGGUUGAUCGGUUUGCGCCAGGCGUGGAAUCUCUCGAAACCGAAUGCGAAGAGGCUCUCGUCUCGGGUUGUUCUCUUCCUGUCUGCACCAACCGCUGCUCUCGACGAGGGAAAUAUGCAACGAUACUUCGGCGGUGAAGCUGUGCGAGUGUGGCCGGCAACAAAGACUGAAAAGCUGCAGUCGCUGGUUUCAGACCGGAAUGCAAAGGUCGAAGAAUUGGAAGCUGCAGAAAUCGCGCUCAUUCAAAGCGUAAACAAGAAAGGUAGAAAGAACGGCAAGAAGAGAAACGGUAGCACACCAUCAUACGACAGCCUGCCGGAUGACUUGAAGAAGUCACUGAGGCCUACUCACAUAUUAAAGACGCAACAGCCUGUUGGAAAGAGAGUGGACAGCAUCGACUGGCUCCGAGAACAGAUCAAAUCGAAAGAAGCGGAUAUUGAAAAGGCACGCGAGUCGAAUGAGUCUGUGGAUAGUCACGGUGGUGCUGCAGCUGUGUUUGUCGAAUUUCGAACCCAAGCCGCAGCUCAAACGGCGUAUCAGCAGCUCGCUUCGGCAGAGAUACUCGCCUUCACUCCCCGCUAUACUGGCAUUAUGCCUGGGGAAGUGAUAUGGAGUAACUUGACACUCAAACCAGCGAGGAGAAUCUCGCAGGAAGGGAUGGCGACUGCUCUCGUAGUCGCGACUAUUGUCUUUUGGUCCAUCCCUGUGUCUUUCGUAGGCGUCUUUUCCAAUGUUGCCUACCUCGCGAAGCGCUAUGAGUGGCUCAGUUGGCUUGAUAACCUCCCCGAGCCGGUCAAGGGUCUCUUGACUGGCCUGGUACCUCCUACGCUCCUCAGUCUGCUGAGCUCAUGGGUGCCAAAGAUCUUUAGGUCUAUCUUCAAGUCCUUUGGAGAAUCUACGAACACUUCGGCUGAACUGAAAGUCCUGAAAUGGUACUUCGUUUUCCAAGUCCUGCAGGUGUUCUUGGUCAACACAAUAGCUUCUGGAGCUACUGCAGUUGUGUCACAAAUCGCCAACAAUCCUGCGUCUAUACCAACAUUGCUCGCGGAGAAGCUUCCUUCAGCAUCGAACUCCUACCUCACGUACUUCAUUGUUCAAGGCUUGACGAGCGCUUCGGACAACUUUCUGAACUACUCGGACCUUCUUUCGUAUCUCUUCUUCGAUUAUUUCUUCGACAAGACGCCUCGCCAGAAGUACAACAGCUACACUCGCUUGAAAGGUAUUCAAUGGGGCAAAGUCUUCCCUAAAUAUGGCAAUUUUGUUAUCAUUGCACUUGCCUAUUCUUGCGUCGCUCCUCUGGUCAUGGGCUUCGCCGCCGUAGGCCUAGCGAUAUUCUACCUCAGCUACAAGUACAUGCUGCUCUACACCGUGCAGCCAAAGGUAGAUACCAAGGGACAAUGCUACACUAUCGCCCUCCAACAAAUCCUUACCGGUAUCUACAUCGCCGAGCUCUGUCUAAUCGGCCUAUUUGGGUUGCGGAAAGCCACAGGCCCUUCUAUAAUGACUGCGAUACUCUUCGUCGUUACGGUCCUCUUUAACGCGACAACGAACCGAUACUUCGCGCCGCUCGAGCAAUUCCUGCCCGCAGAUCUAGCUCUAGAGUCUGAAGAGGACGAACAAGCACCACUCCUGUCCUCCGCAGAAGAAGGCGAAGCACCCCAGCAUACCGACUCACAUAUCCAGCGCUUAGGCAGCCACGUUCGCGCCCCAUCUCAGAUCGUUUCACCCCUUGCCCGCUUCUUCGAACCGCACGUUUUCGCCUCUCAUAAGGCUAUGAAAGCAUGGCUGAAGGAAGGCGGAGAGUUUGACGAAGACGAUGUACCGGAGUACUCUGAGGAUGAUAUCAAGAAGGCAUAUCUGAACCCAGCAUUCACGAGCUCGACGCCUGUGAUUUGGCUGGCGAGAGAUGGGAUGGGCGUGAGUAAGACCGAAGUGCGAGAGAAUGAGAAGGAGGGACUGAAGAGCAGCGAUGAGGGGGCAUGGAUCGACGAGAAGGGGAAGCUGAGGUGGAAGGCGGAGGACUUUGCGGAGGUGCCGAUAUUCAAGCAGGGGAUCAAGUGGUAG